AUUGCCCUGUCCGUUGCCCCGGGUGGAUGUGGGGCUUCUGGGGGGCGGCUGCCGGCUCGCUGCCUCUUCUGAUCGCGGGGAUUUUAUUUCAUCUGGAGCAUUCACCGACCGUGGAGCUGCCGAGGAUGGCAAAAGAUAUUCAGGCGCAAGACGAGGCCUUCAGGAGCAUGAACAGAACCUGCUUUAUCCUCGGAGCCACCGGAGAGACCGGCAAGGAGCUGCUGAAGGAGAUCGUCGGUCGCCGGCUGUUCAGUAAAGUUACGGUCAUCGGACGCAGGAAGUUACCGUUCCAAGAUGAGACCUACGAGGACGUGGUCCAGGAAGUGGUUGACUUCGAGAAGCUGGAGGAUCACGCAGCCGCCUUUCAGGGUCACGACGUUGGAUUCUGCUGUUUGGGGACGACGAAAGCAAAAUCCGGUGAGGCCGGCUUCAUCCGCGUCGACCACGACUACGUCCUAAAGUCGGCACAGCUGGCCAAAGCCGGCGGCUGCAAACACUUCAACCUGGAGUCCACCAAGGGGGCAGAUAAGAGGAGCUCUUUCCUCUAUCUGAGGGUCAAGGGGGAAGUGGAGGCCGAAGUCGAGGAGCUGGACUUUGAGCGAUAUUCUAUCUUCAGACCGGCCGUUUUGCUGUGUGACAGACAAGAGUCUCGGCCCGCGGAGUGGAUAGCCAGGAAGAUGCUGGCUCCCGUAUCAUACGUGUUCCCCACCGCGUUCUCCGUGCCCGUUAGCACCCUGGUAAAGGCCAUGCUCAAUAACGCCGUCUUCCAGAGCGAUAAGAAGACGGAGCUGCUGGAGAACAAAGCUAUUCACUCGCUGGGGAAGCUGCAGGAGACGAAGGGUUAAUCAGUGCCUUCCACCCAUUGGUUCGCUUAGGGAAGAACGUGUAUGAUGGUAAAAGCCGCUUCGCGGGGUAACGCGGGCGCCCCGCAGAAAUACUCCGCUGUGGGGUAAAACGCCAUGUCCCAAGCUUAACGGGGGCAGUUAUUGUCACGGAUGCCCGUAAUUACCCCAACAUUUUGCUUCGGUGUGGUUUCUAAUAUUAAAACACAUUAACCCCUGCUGCCUGUGACGUGAUUACUGUGUGGUGCUGCAAGCAAUAAAGGUGACACUGAAUUGA